AUGGCAAACGAUCAACCAGAUCGAAAUAAUCGUCGCUCUUCCCGAUCUCGUUCUCGCGAUCGUAAAUCUCGUCGUCAUCGUGAUCGUUCACGUGAACGAGAUAGCAAACGUCGGCGUUCGCCCACUGAUAAUAAUCGAAGCAAACACAGCCGUUCACGUUCACCAAAAGAUCGCCCAAAAAAAGAAACCAAAGUUGAAAAAAAGAUCCUCAAAAAAUAUAAAUAUUGGGAUGUACCACCUGCUGGUUUUGAACAUAUUACUCCUGUUCAAUACAAGGCAAUGCAAUCUUCUGGCCAAAUUUCUCAAAUAUUGACAGGCAAAGAUUGGAGUGCAAAUACUGCUGCGGCUACGCCCGUUCUUGGUAGCCAUGUUGUUCAUCAAUCACGACGAUUAUAUGUAGGGAACAUUCCAUUUGGUGUUUCAGAAAAUGCAAUGAUGGAAUUUUUCAAUCAACAAAUGCAUCUCACUGGCUUAUCGCAAACCGAAGGAAAUCCAGUUAUCGCUGUUCAAAUUAAUCUUGAUAAAAAUUUUGCUUUUCUUGAAUUUCGUUCAAUCGAUGAAACAACAGCUGCUAUGGCCUUCGAUGGUAUUGUUUUUCAAGGGCAAUCACUUAAAAUUCGUCGACCGCGAGAUUAUCAAGCAAUGCCUGGAGGAGGUGAUCAACCUAAUAUGAAUGUACCUGGAGUUAUUUCAACUGUUGUGGCUGACUCACCAUUUAAAGUUUUUAUUGGUGGUUUACCAAAUUAUUUAACUGACGAUCAGGUCAAAGAAUUACUAAUGAGUUUUGGACCAUUAAAAGCAUUUAAUUUGGUUAAAGAUGGAGCAACAGGACUUUCGAAAGGCUACGCAUUUUGCGAAUAUAACGAACCUAGUGUCACAGAGCCUGCUAUACAAGGUCUUAACGGUAUGCAAUUAGGUGAUAAAAAAUUAAUUGUUCAAUUAGCAAGUGUUGGUGCUAAGAAUAUGAUUGGAGGAGCUGGUUCAAUCGGCGUACAAUUACCUGGCGUGAAUCUAUUAGCCCCGACUGUAAGUACAGAAGUUUUAUGUCUAUUAAAUAUGGUUACAGAAGAAGAAUUACGUGACGACGAAGAAUAUGAAGAUAUUAUGGAAGAUGUACGAGAAGAGUGCGGUAAAUAUGGUUUUGUUAAAAGUCUAGAAAUUCCACGACCCAUCCAAGGUGUCGAUGUACCGGGCGUUGGAAAGAUUUUCGUCGAGUUUACAUCAAUCAGUGAAUGUCAAAAAGCACAGCAAGCAUUGACAGGACGUAAAUUUGCUAAUCGUGUUGUUGUCACAUCUUAUUAUGAACCUGACCGAUAUCAUCGACGUGAAUUUUAA